AGGCAAACAAAAUUACUGAUCCUGCUCCACUGAUAUUAGCAGAAAAUGGCAGAAGAGGCAAAGAUAUAAAAAUGCAAUCUAUGGAAACAAAUUUUUACCGAAGUUUAGGUAAUGACUUUGGCAUAAUCUUAUGUUCUUUGGGAUUUUUGUUUCAAAUAUUAAGCCUACACAUGUAAAAACGCACAAGUUGUUACAGGUCUGCAAACAAGUUGUUGCAAAUCUGUUCACAAACUGUCAACAAGUUGUGUUCGCACUGCUUGUUCCCAGUUGUUGUAACAAGCUUGAUGGCAUUAUCAGACUUGUUACAAGGUUGUUCUAACAAGUCUGAUGCAGUCAUGAUAUAACAAGAAUGUUACAAGGUUGAUGACACAAGUUGUUCCAACAAUUUGUUAUCGUUCUGCAAUUCAACUGUUUGUCAACAAGUUGUGAGUGACAACCUUGUUGCAACUUGAUAGAAUAACAGCAUUGAACAUUACAACUUGUUGACAAGCUUGCUACAAGCCUGUUGCGAACACAUCUUGUUGACAAGUUGAGUGAUUUUUACGUGUGUAGUUUCUGUUGCUUUGUGUUGUGUGGCAAACAUGAUGUAGAAAACUGUCUUCUCCAUUUGUGUAGGAAAGGGAAUACAUCGACCAUUGUUUAAUAUUUACAGACGAGUAAUUCGAGUGUACAAUCCUGAAAAUUAUGUUGGAAGGUAUUGAUACACUGCAAUAGGAUACUACAUGUGUUUGUAAUAAGUUCCAGGUUUCAUUAUAACUUCAGUGGUCUAUAUUUGUUUUUCAGAUGGUCUGAAAGUGAAACACAAGACUUAUUAAGGUGUGAUUUGCUUUGGAUUCAAUUUGAUCAAAACAUAUUAAUACAAGAGUGUAAUCUUUCCUAAUUUAUCAACAGUAAUGCCCCCCUCAAUUUAUUUUUUUAUUAAGGCACACAGACAUUUUCUUCAAAAAAGAGGCUAAAAUACCCUGGUCAAACAAGAAUGAGAGUUGUUGAGAAGCGAGAGUUUGCAUGAGAGUUUUCUCAACUCUCAUGACCCGGUCAAACGAGAACAAGAGUUGCAUGGGAGUUGAUGAGAGUUGAGAAGCAAGAGUUUACAUCAGAGUUUUCUCAACUCUCAUGCACGAGAACAAGAGUUGCAUGAGAGUUGAUGAGAGUUGAGAAGUGAGAGUUUGCAUGAGAGUUGAUCAGAGUUGAGAAGCAAGAGUUUGCAUGAGAGUUUUCUCAACUCUCAUGCCCCGGUCAAACGAGAACAAGAGUUUGCAUGAGAGUUGAUGAGAGUUGAGAAGCAAGAGUUUGCAUGAGAGUUGAUCAGAGUUGAGAAGCAAGAGUUUGGAUGAGAGAUUACUCAACUCUCAUGCCCCGGUCAAACGAGAACAAGAGUUUGCAUGAGAGUUGAUGAGAGUUGAGAAGCAAACGUUUGCAUGAGAGUUGAUCAGAGUUGAGAAGCAAGAGUUUGGAUGAGAGAUUACUCAACUCUCGUGCAUGCCUCAGUAAUACGAGAACAAGAGUUGAUGAGAAAUGACUGGAUAUUACCACACAAUAGUGAAAACUCGAACCAGUUCAAAGUUGAUGAGGGUACAUGAGAGUUGGCUGUGAAACGCGAACGAGAGUUGCAACUCUUAUGAACUCUCAUCAACUCUUAUGACAGUUCCCAGGUUGUUAGUUCAAAAGAGAUGUAUUUUCCAAACUUUAAGGUUUCACGGGCUGUUUGGAGACCAGUGGACAAAAAUCGGCAGUUGCCUUGGUCGCAGUGGAAUGUCAGUCCUUCAUAAGUUCCUGGAACUACAGGGAACAAAUGGUAAGAAUUGUCAUAUCUUGCAGGACAUUUUUUAGGAAAUUACAACUGAUGGGGCUAAGUCUCAAUGAGGGCCCUUCCCCCAUACAGUUACGCGUACAUAAAGACCAUGCUGUGCUGACUCUUAUAAGAUGAAAUGUCGAGAAUGUGAGAGGAUAUGAGAAAGCAGGCAGAUGCAGGAUGAUUUCUUACUAAUGAUCAAAAGGGCUCGGCCAGCUCAUCUGAAAAUAUUGCUUCACUACUGGGGCAAGCAAAGGGCCUACUGGGGGUAAAUGACCCAGUAGUUAUAUAGUUUAAAAAUGCCCUGCUUGUUGUAGGUUAUGAGGGGGGCAGCAGGUUGCUUUUUUUACAGAAACUACACUUCGAAAAUCGUGCGUUAUUCACAUGAAUUUAAGUAUGAGUUUCAAGCUCAAAUUUUAAUCUGAAAUUCCUCUCAGAAACGUAUUCCACCUUUAUGAAGAAAAGUCAAAAGGAAGCCUGCGAAAACAAGCUGUCAUGUUGUUUUACAAUGCAUUUUAGUCUUUGGCGUCGUGCAAGGAAUAAAAUUGUUCCAAUCUUUCUGUUUUUCUACAGAGGGCUGCUGGUCAGUGGAAGAAAUUGAGCGUCUCGAUGCGAGCGUAAGAGCUUCGACAGGCACUGAAUUUGGGAGUCAAAUUUAUGGCGAUAUAAAUUGGAUUGAAGUAGCAGAUUUCGUUAUGACACGAACGUCUUAUCAAUGUCGGGCAAAAUGGUAAAGCAUGUAUAGUUUUGUUGUGGACUUGUGAUAAGGAGGAGAUUUUAGAACCGAUAGUGUUAUCCAGAAUAGAGCUUUUGCACAUGACGUCACAGCCGCCAUGUUCGUGUUCCAAUUCAAAAGAAUUUUAAUUAGAUUCUUUUGUCUGGAACACCAACAUGGCCGCCAUGGCUUUUGUUGAGUUGGUCCCUGGGGAAUGAGUGCCAACGCUCUAUAUAUAAAGUUAGUUUAGGUUUUCUUCUAUAGCCCUAGUACUGAACUAUUUUGGAGUGAUCUGAUACAGUUCAAUUGAAAUAUUUUAAGAUUUUUUUAUUUAGGUUAAAAGAUGUAUGUUGGAAAACUGCCAGUGGGGAAAAGAACAUCAAAUGGAAUUCGGAAGAUGAUGUUAAACUAAUCGAAAGGUUA